GCUCACGUGGACCAGGGACUAGCGAAUACCGAAUAUCGACUCCCAUUUUCUACCGGUUUGUCCGAGCUCCUUGACAUCUAAUGCUUCGAGCUUCCUUGCGGGGAACCUUUCCUAGCCAACGUCUCAGUUCGAUACGGAAGGCGUCGAGUCUAUUUGCCGCUCAGAAGCGUCAAGCUCCCACUGAUGUUCACCCCGAGGUGGAGGAUGCAUUGGCCAAUGGAAAGCCUGUAGUGGCCCUCGAAUCGACUAUCAUUACCCAUGGAAUGCCCUACCCGACUUCAUUGGAGAUGGCCCAAUCAGUCGAGAGGAUAGUCAGGUCUACAGGGAGUAUACCAGCCACCAUUGCUGUCAUUGGGGGGCGCAUCAAGAUUGGACUUCAUCCAGCGGAAUUGGAACGUCUUGCAGACCAACGCUCGAACCCAACCGCCGUAAAGUUAUCCAGGCGUGAUAUUGCGGCUGCAAUUGCUCUGAAGAAGGAUGGCGGGACUACAUGUAGUUCCACCCUCAUCUUCGCUGCACUGGCUGGUAUCAAGGUCUUUGCUACUGGAGGGCUCGGCGGAGUGCAUCGCGGCGGAGAGAAUACAAUGGAUAUCUCAGCUGAUCUGCACGAACUCACGCGUUGUCCAGUUGGUCUGGUUUCGGCUGGAGUGAAAUCGAUUCUGGACAUAAGGCGAACCCUCGAAUACCUGGUAAGGCUUCUGAAAAUGCUCAGAGUGUUUAUUUCAAAAUCGUUCACACAGGAAACGCUAGGUGUACCAGUAGUGUCUUAUGCAGAAACGCACGAUUUCCCGGCUUUUUAUACCGGUCGAAGCGGUCUCGAGUCACCUUGGAGGGUAAAUGAUCCUAGAACAGCCGCUCGGAUUCUACAUACUCAUUGGCAACUGGGCAUGUCUAAUGGCGCUCUCUUUGCUGUUCCUAUCCCUGCUGAAUACGAGGCUGUGGGGUCAACCCUUCAAGAGGCAGUCGAACAAGCUGUUCGCGAGUCAGAAGAACAAAAUAUUAGUAACCUAGGGAAGGCCGUCACCCCUUGGCUCCUCAAGAGGGUUGGCGAGUUGACACAAGGAAAAUCGCUUGCUAGCAACAUAGCCCUCGUCGAGAAUACUGCGCUUGUUGGAGGUCAAAUUGCAGUGGAAUACGCGAAACUUGCUGGAGACAGACAUGACCAGGAUCAAUGCUAUCCUGUGACAGGAAUACCAGAUAAGCCGGACGAGCUUUCUAGUGCAUCUGAUUUCAUUUCAUCAGGGACUACUGAUGAUCUAAAAGAGCAACUACCGAACGCUUCGUUGAUCGUAGUUGGUUGCGCAGCAGUAGACAUCACCUCCCAACCUCUUACAGAUUCGGACCUUGGACACCAUUCGACAUCUCCUGGGAAGGUUUCUAUGUCACUCGGAGGUGUCGGCCGUAAUAUUGCUGAAGCUGCUCACCGAGUCCUUUCGUCGUAUGGCAGCGAGUUCUCAGCCGAAACUUUGCUAGUAUCCCCAGUCGGUGAUGAUUCUUUCGGAAGAUUGUUAAGCGAGGAGACACGAAUGCUAGGGAUGAGAACAGAUGGCCUUAUUCCCGUGCAUGGAGGUAGGUCUUCUGUGUGCAGCCUACUUCUGGAGACAUCGGGGGGAUUGAGGGCAGGUGUGGCUGACAUGGACCUCGUUCGGAAUAUGGAUGGACAUAUAGCACGGGAAGUUAUUUUGGCACGCAAACCAAAGCUACUCGCAGUUGAUGGGAACCUAUCACCUGAUGCACUGAUGAUAGUAGUGAGCGAAUGUCUUCGGAACGGCAUUAAUGUUUUUUUUGAACCGACUUCUGUCGUAAAGUCUGCUUCGAUUCUUCCCGCUAUAGCCAGUAAUCUCGACCAGCUUGCAUGGUCACCCAUUGCCUUUGCCUCUCCUAACCUGCUCGAGCUCACUCACGUGUAUCAACAAGCACAACUUCUGGACCUCACCUCACAUGACCGAUGGUGGCAGGUUCUGGACGGCCUCGGGCUUGGCUCCAAGUUCCGCAUGGACCUUGAUCUGCUCUCUCGCAGAGAGGCAUCGAAUCACGAUACUUCACGGGGAAACCUGGCCUUCCUUGUUGAAAAAGGUGUUGCCCAAAUGGCAAUCAAUCUCCUGCCAUUUUUUCGACAACUCGUCAUCAAAUGCGGUGACUUGGGAGUCAUUGUAGUAAUGCACUUGGCGGGAGAUGACGCGGCCGAGUCAUCGUGGUCAACGGAGUCGACUAACCAUCAUGGGCGCUAUGUGGUGUCCCGCUCGUCAACCUCGGGUGAUAUUGUGGUCUUGCAGCAUUUUCCUGCAAUGCAACUCCCAAGCAAUGCGUUGGUCAACACAACAGGUGCAGGAGAUUCGUUGGUCGGAGCUUUGCUAGCCGCCUUGGUACAGUCUCCGAAGGCGUUCCACUCCAAAAUGAGCCUACAACGCACGAUAGAUAUCGCUCAGCAUGCAGCCCUAUUGAGUUUGCAGAGCCCGCUUGCUGUUUCGCCACUGCUAUCGUCCUUGCACGGACAACUUUUCCAUUAA